GCAGCUUGCAGCAACCAUAAACUUCUUUUUGGUGCCCUGGAAAAGCUGCAGCACGCUGGUACUUGCUGGAGUCCUGCUCCUCCAGCUGAGAUUUCAGCGUGUGGUUUUAACCAAAUGUCACUCUCCUGUCUCCAGCUGCCUCCAGCCCUCCUGUCCGUCUCUCCUUAAUCCAUUCCCUGGUUGGGUGAAGUGUCACUGUGCAAAAGUUAGACGUCUGUGGCAAAAAAUUUUCUGUGCGCUUGCAUGUGAUGCCUGUUGUGCAAAGACGUCUCAUCUGUGGGCAUAUCUCCAUUGAUUUCCCAGGUCCCAUCAGCAGCAUCCUGGUGAACAAAUACGGCAGUCGGCCUAUCAUGAUUGCUGGUGGCUGCCUCUCGGGGUGCGGUUUGAUUGCAGCCUCUUUCUGCAACACUGUGGAGGAGCUCUACUUCUGUGUCGGUGUCGUAGGGGGCCUUGGACUUGCAUUUAACUUGAACCCAGCCUUAACUAUGAUUGGCAAGUACUUCUUCAAGAAACGUCCCCUGGCUAACGGACUAGCUAUGGCAGGUAGCCCUGUGUUCCUGUCAACCUUGUUUGUUCGGGGCCCGGCAGCCCCCGUCCCGCAUCAGGUUGCGCCGGCGGCUUUAGCUGAGGCGUUUGCUGGCCCCGGAGGGCAGGAGCGCUGA